UCAUCAAUUGCAUCUCUUGUGUACAAAAAUGGCUCUCCGGGGACAGCUGAAGGCCACUGUUGUGAUUGGGGCUCCCGCUGACAAAGUGUAUGAGUUGUACACCCGCAAAGCCUACGAAAUAAAACAAUCAAGCCCUGGAAAAAUUCUGAGUGUUGAUUUAAUUGAAGGCCAGUGGGGAAAAGAUGACUCUGUUUACUGCUGGAACUUUGUUUUUGACGGAAAAACUGAGUAUACGAAGGCGAAAGUGAAAAUGGAUGACAGCAACAUGUCCGUUUCGUACGAAACGGUGGAAGGAUAUCUCAUGAACUCCUUCAAGAGCUUCAUUAGCAGUAUUCAAGUUACUCCUUUGGAGAAGGGCUGCUCAGUGCUGUUGACUCUUGACUUUGAGAAGGUGAAUGUGAAUGCUGAGGACCUAACUUCACUGCUUCAGCUCGCUGUCGAUUGCUGCAAAGAUGUGGGUGUUUACCUCAACCCGAAGGCUCCUCAGCUGCAAACUAACUAAUAAGAAUCGAUCUGCUAUUACAUAAGUGCAUCGUCCAUGCAUGGAUACAUGGACCCUAUUAAAUAAGAUGCAUUUUCAGUAUGUUUGGAGACUCUUAUAUUUUAAAUAAGUGACAUGUAUAUCAUAAGCUCUACUUCAAUAAACUUUAUUCAAAUAAUAAAUUGUAUGUAGCAAAUAGAGCCUUCA